UGGUCAGGAACAAGCAGUUUGCUGGAAAUGGUCGAUAAUAUGGGUGCUAGUGCUUCAAAUGAAGAUAAUUACAUGAUCAACGAGCAAGAGAGAUUGCUGCCGAUAGCCAACGUUGGACGGAUCAUGAAGCAAAUUCUGCCACCCAACGCAAAAAUCUCCAAGGAGGCCAAGGAGACGAUGCAAGAAUGUGUUUCGGAAUUCAUUAGCUUUGUCACCUGCGAGGCAUCCGAGAAGUGCCGGAAGGAAAGGCGCAAGACCGUGAACGGUGACGACGUCUGCUGGGCGCUGGAAACGCUAGGUUUUGAUGACUACGCGGGGCCAAUAAAAAGGUUUUUGCAUAGAUAUAGAGAGCUAGAAGUAGAUAGAGCCAAUCAGGAAAAUGGUAGGAACAUACGGCCGAAAGAUCUAGAAUGAUCAUGAACCUGCAUUUUAAAGUAGAAU